UUUUUUUUUUCUGUUUCCAUUACUUUCUUUUAUUUUCCUUUCCUUUUCUUUCCUUUCCUUCCUCUCAAUCCCAACAUACCAUAAGGAUUAUUGAGAUGGAUGAUCAAGAAUUUCGACGCCUUCUAGAUCUCUUCCCUGUUGUUCGACCUCGUGACUACCACGCUGAGUUAGAUUCAUCGAGACAAUCAACUUCCCGUUCAGCAUCGAAUAGGGCUCUUAGUGAGUGGCAAGAUGCAUGGAAUGAUGGUGAAAGAAAGGAAAAGGAAAAUCAAGAAGUUGAUCUGCAUGAUAAGUUCUGGCAGAAGCUAAAGUUGGCAGCUGAGAGGAAGGUGGGUGCAGCAGAGGCAGACAAAUUUUGCAAGGCUUUUCAAGACGUUCACAAGAAGCUUGUGCACGAGGGGUUGAGUUUUGAUGCUGCUCAGAAGUUCCUAAACUCGUGAAACCGCCGAGGGAUGGUCCCUGCAUGGCUUGUUUAUGGAGUAGUUGAAGAAUCGUUUUGGUAGAAGCUUAUGAUCAAAACCAUUGUUCUUGUGCCUUUUCAAAUGAGUUGAUCAAAUUUGAUAGUGUAACCUACAUUCAAUUGACCAAGACACUUAGUUUAAAAG